AUGGGUGAGAUACUGGCCGAUCAGAAGCCUAUGUGGCCACCAGGGACAGCUCAUGGUUAUCAUGCCAUAACACAGGGAUUCCUCGUAGACCAGCUGCUGCUGCGGGUCGACCCCCGGGGCCGAAGUGUGGGACACUUCUUCCGAGAAGAAGUUGCAGAGAAGUUUGGGCUGGACUUCCACAUUGGCUUGCCCCGCACCCUGCACUACCGCGUAGCACGAUCCUACAAAGAUAGUAAUUCGCUCAAGAACAUCGGCAUUAUGGCUCGCUACUUAUUCAAGAUCUACAAGGCUGGAUCGGACGCCGAUAUGAUGAAGAAAUCAAUUUAUCCCGACUACAUACAACCAAAAUUCUUCGGUGCAAUGACGGCGGAACUGUGGGGAAACUACGAGUUUCGAGAAAUAGAGAUAGCCGCUGCGAAUGGAAUCGGCACUGCCAUGUCUCAGGCAAAGAUGUAUGGUAUACUGGCCUCGGGAGGAGCUCUCAAUGGCAGUCGUUUACUCACGCGGAAAACAAUAGACCAGAUGCGAGAACCGAUCUACAACGACGACAUUCUACUGAAGCCCGCUGUCGGUGAUGCAUUCGCUACCAGGAAACUUUUCGAGGAGGGACUCGACGAAAAUGGCGCAGCGUUUGCCGUCUAUCACAAGGGCAAGCCCAUCGUUAAUAUAUGGGGAGGUUACGCCGACACUGCCGCCCACAACCCGUGGACGGAAGACACGAUGAGUUUUUUCUUCUCUACUUCCAAAGGUAUUGGAGCCCUGUGCGUCGCCGUUUUGGUUGACAGGCGUCUGCUCAAGUACGAAGAUCUGGUCACGAAGUAUUGGCCGCAGUUUGGACAACAUGGCAAAGAUAACGUGACCGUCAGCAUGCUUCUCUCUCACCAGGCUGGCGUUCCGAACAUAUUUGGCUACGAUGUGGACGAGAACACGAUCAGAGAUCGAAAUAAGAUGGGUGAGAUCCUGGCCGAUCAGAAGCCCAUGUGGCCACCAGGGACAGCUCAUGGUUAUCAUGCCAUAACACAGGGAUUCCUCGUAGACCAGCUGCUGCUGCGGGUCGACCCCCGGGGUCGAAGUGUGGGACACUUCUUCCGAGAAGAAGUUGCAGAGAAGUUUGGGCUGGACUUCCACAUUGGCUUGCCCCGCACCCUGCACUACCGCGUAGCACGAUCCUACAAAGAUAGUAAUUCGCUCAAGAACAUCGGCAUUAUGGCUCGCUACUUAUUCAAUAUUUACAAGGCUGGAUCGGACGCCGAUAUGAUGAAGAAAUCAGUUUAUCCCGACUACAUACAACCGAAAUUCUUCCGUGCAAUGACGCCGGAACAGUGGGGAAACUACGAGUUACGAGAAAUAGAGAUAGCCGCUGCGAAUGGAAUCGGCACUGCUAUGUCUCAGGCAAAGAUGUAUGGUAUACUGGCUUCGGGAGGAGCUCUCAAUGGUAGUCGUUUACUCACGCGGAAAACAAUAGACCAGAUGCGAGAACCGAUCUACAACGACGACAUUCUACUGAAGCCCGCUGUCGGUGAUGCAAUCGCUACCAGGUUUAGUGUCGGAGGAUUCAACGUUGCCGAUUCAUUUAAAAAUCCUAAGGGGCAACAGAUGUUUGGAACACCGGGAACAGGAGUGCAAGUAGGUAUAGCUGAUCCUGAGACUCAACUAGGGAUUUCCUACCUCACCAACACCAUCGUGCCGUUCGUUAAAGAGGAUGAGCGAUGGCAGCGCCUCAUGCGGGUGACCUACGAAUGUUUAGACGCCAUCUAUCUGAUUUAUUACAUCCACUGA